UCGAAGGAGUGGAAUCCAUGGACUCCUCGUCGGCCAGCGCCAGCGGCCAGCCGGGACCUUCUCCGACCCUAACCUCGGAGUCGUUGUCCUUGCUUCGCGAGGGGAUAUCGCUCGUCCUCUCCCGAUGGACGGCGCUGCGGAUGGCCGUCGAGAACGAGUGGGGCGGGAGAGACUCGCAUCGGAAAUCCGAGGAGCUCGUCUCCACCGUCCUCUCUUGGUUCACCCAGUCCAAACCUCCGCUUUAUAUUGAUGAUCUGGAAAGCAUACUAGACGAGAACAUGGUGCUUUCUUUCAACACUGAAAUCGAGGAUGGCAGCAUCGAGGAGGUAGCUGAACAACUGAUGAUUAUGCACGAAGAUUGUCUUAAAGGUAAUUAUGAACCAAUCGAGCAGUUGAGGAAGUUGGGUCCUGGGACAAGCGCUGUUUCUCAAAGUAGACAGGUGGUUGAUGACAAUGAGGAUGAGAGUUCAGGUGAAGAAAUAUCGGAUAUGAUGGUGGACGAGCCGAAGCCAAAUAAGAUGGCUGUGGACGAGCCAAAGCCAAAACAAACGACCGAUGAAGAAGGAUGGUCUGUUGUCGUUCCCAGGCGUAACAGAGGUAAAAGGUCGGGGUAGAAUAAUCCAGUGAGUGUAAGCGAUCAUAUGAACACUAGUGCUGGAAACAUGCAAGGCUCUCAAGACGAAGCAUGAAUACUGGAAUCCGUGAUCUGAUCUUCCCCCUGUUAUUCAUGAACAAGUACUCUGCCAGUUUUGGCUAAUAGGCUUGCUUCUCUCAUUUAUCAUAAAAAUUAGAGACGGUUGUAUUUAUUCAAAAUGCGAGCAGCUGUAGAGAUGUGGAGAAUGAAAAUGCAUGAAGUCAAUUUUGUGUGCUAUGG